UUGCAGACUUCUGACGCUCAAUAUUUCGAGGCUUGCUAUGAAGGCAUCCAGUAAGGGGACCAGCAAUUACAAGCAGCUGGAGGAUGAAGAGGCGCACGAUGGCCUUCUCAAAGAGGGCCCUCUCAAAACCAGAGAUUCCUCUUCGCCGUGGCUCCCCUCUCGUACCAUCAUCGUCGUGAAUAUCAUCACUUUUGUUCUGUCGAUGACAUGUCUGCUGUUGUCAAUCAGAUUAUACACCCAGUAUGGUGAUCGGAAUGCUAUUCUGAGAUCCACCCUGUAUUAUUCACCGAUCAUCAAGAGCCAUAUACCCUUCGAAACCACCCGAUUCACCAGCGCCCCCCUAUCCGCAAAAAACGAGUCCAUCUACCGUCAGCCACCCAGCCCCGAAGUAGACGCCGCAUGGGAUCGCCUCGCAGACAUUGGCACGCACAUCCUGAGCUCGGACGACAUACGCAGCCUGGGAAAGGACCCCUCGAAGGUCGUUCUCCUGCCUGAAAGCUGGGGCCAUGGGCCAGACGCACACCUUGCAACAAUCGAUGGAAUCCACCUCGUGCAUUGCCUCAACUCCAUGCGCAAGAGUCUGUACUUCAAUUUCGACUACUACCAUCCCGGCCCUCUGGGACCCGAAUACCAGCCCCACCUCUCGCACUGCGUCGAAGCGGUCUUGGAACACCUGAUGUGUAAGCCAAGCAUGGAGUUUUUGACCCAGAUCUGGAUUGAGAGGCAGAAUGCGCCGUUUCCGGACUUUGCUGUGAACAAGAAAUGUUGGGAUUAUGAGGCUAUUCUGAGGUGGAAGGAUAAGCAUCGGGCGCGGGAUGUGGAGGCGAGGUUUAACGAGUUGAAGCCGCCGGCGUGGGUCGUGCCUGAGCCGCUGCCGCCCUUGGUAGCGGAGACGUGGGAGAUAGUGGAUAGCCGGCGUAAUAAUACGACUUCGUAG